GGAUUUCUGAAUCAGACCGCACACUAUGAUCGCACACGUAAUGUGCCGCACACACAUUCAUCGUUAAAAACGUAACAACAGUAUUUUUAUAGCCCGCAAAUUUGCUAAACCGACAAAAUAACCCGUAAUGAUGCAUGUUUAACAAUUUAUCGUUAUUCAUUUUAUAGCUUCGACUAUUGAAAAUGUUUUCGAUUUGUAAACAAACUCACCCUGCCACGGGGGUGGAACACGCUAUUUCGUGCCAUUUUUUCAGCAAAUCUGAAAAAAGUUUAGUAACAUCUGGAGCCAACGUAAUCAAAGUAUUUCGCUUAAUUCCAGACAUUGACGCAAAAACCAGAAUUGAAAAAUUUAAUGAAACAAAUCCUCCGAAAUCAAAGCUAGAAUGUGUCGCCCAAUACACUUUAUUUGGAAACAUCAUGUCCAUGCAAAGCGUAAAUCUGGCAAACUCACCCAGGGACGCUUUGCUGCUAGCAUUUAAAGAUGCAAAACUUUCAGUGGUGGAAUAUGACCCAGAAACUCACGAUUUGAAAACGCUCAGUUUGCAUUACUUUGAGGAAGAUGACAUGAAGGAUGGUUGGACCCAUCAUUACCAUGUCCCUAUUGUAAGAGCUGAUCCGGAAAACAGAUGCGCUGUUAUGACCGUUUUUGGUCGAAAAUUGGUAGUUCUACCUUUCAGGCGUGAAAAUGCCAUUGAUGACACUGAUGCCGAUAUUAAGCCCAUGAGUGGGGGUGCAUAUGGCGCAAAAGCGCCAAUUUUAGCCUCCUAUAUGAUUGUUUUGAAAGAAUUCAUUGAUAAAGUUGACAAUAUAAUAGAUAUUCAGUUUUUGCACGGCUAUUAUGAACCAACAUUGCUAAUUUUGUUUGAACCCUUAAAAACCUUUGCAGGGCGAGUUGCUGUCAGAACUGAUACAUGUGCCAUGGCAGCAAUUUCCCUAAACUUGCAACAAAGAGUACAUCCGAUUAUUUGGAGUGUUGCAAAUUUACCGUUUGACUGUGUAAAAGCAGUUCCAAUUAAGAAACCUUUAGGUGGCACUUUGAUUUUUGCUGUUAAUGCCUUGAUUUAUCUAAAUCAGAGUAUUCCACCUUACGGAGUUUCCUUAAACAGUAUUGCAGAAAAUUCAACAAACUUUCCAUUAAAACAACAAGAAGAUUUAUGUAUCAGUUUAGAUUGUGCACAAGCCACAUUUUUAGAAGAUGAUACGAUUGUUUUAUCUCUGAAAGGGGGCGAACUUUACGUUUUAACUUUGCUAGCAGAUAAUAUGCGGUAUGUUAGAAGUUUUCAUUUUGAAAAAGCAGCAGCCAGUGUUCUCACCACGUGUAUUUCAGUGUGUGAAAACAAUUUUUUGUUCCUCGGUUCACGGCUCGGAAAUUCCCUUCUUUUGCGUUUCACCGAAAAAUGUAACGAAGUCAUCACUCUUGAUGAAACAAUUGAGCCGAGUGCUAAACGCUUGAAAGCUAGCAACAGCACUAGUGAAAAUGAAGAAGAUAAAGUUUUGGACUCUUUAAACGACUGUAUGGCUAGUGAUGUGUUAGAUAUACGCGAUCCAGAAGAACUGGAGGUGUAUGGAAAUCAAAGACAAGCAAGUCUUCAAAUAACAAGCUACGUUUUUGAAGUCUGCGAUAGUUUACUUAAUAUCGGCCCCUGCGGCAACAUCUCGCUCGGAGAACCGGCUUUUCUGAGCGAGGAAUUUUCUGAAAAUCUAGAUUUAGAUUUAGAAAUUGUCACAACGGCUGGGUACGGCAAAAACGGAGCGCUUUGCGUUUUACAGAAAUCUGUAAGGCCACAAAUCGUGACCACUUUCACCCUUCCUGGGUGUUCCAAUAUGUGGACAGUGCAUGCGGGUGAAGAAAAACAUGCGUUUCUUAUACUGAGUCAGGAAGAUGGCACGAUGAUUUUGCAAACCGGUGACGAAAUCAACGAGAUUGAUAAUACGGGGUUUGCGACUCACAUACCCACCGUCUAUGCCGGUAAUUUAGGAAACUUGAAAUAUAUUGUUCAAGUUACCAGCAGUGCUAUACGACUUUUACAAGGAAUAAACCAAUUGCAACAUAUUCCUCUGGAAUUGGGGUCCCCCAUAGUCCACGUGACUAGUGUCGACCCCUACAUCUCGCUAUUGACAACUGAUGGUCAAGUGAUCACGCUUAUGCUCCGAGAAGCUAGAGGGGUCGCUAAAUUAGUCAUAAGUAAAUCCACUCUCUCAAAUUCACCCCCCGUCACUACCAUAUGCAUGUAUCGCGAUGUUUCUGGUCUUUUCACUUCAAAAAUCCCGGAGGACUUCACCCACAUUCCCGAACAUUUUAUCAAUGAGUCUGAAACUAAAAUGGAAGUUGAAAAUGAAGACGAUCUUCUGUACGGCGACGACAGCGAUUUUAAAAUGCCAACUCUAAAUCCACCACAACCAAAACCAAAAGUUUAUUACAACUGGUGGAAAAAAUAUCUGCUAGAUGUCCGGCCGUCGUAUUGGCUUUUCGUAGUACGCGAAAACUCCAAUUUGGAAAUUUACUCAAUCCCGGAUUUUAAAUUGUGUUAUUACAUAACAAAUUUGUGUUUUGGUCAUAAAGUCCUGGUUGAUAGUUUGGAAUCGGUGACGAUCUCAGCUUCAACACCGAUUUCUGCAGCACAUGAAGCCAACAUUCAAAGGCUAUACGAAGUUAAGGAAAUUCUUGUAGUUGCGUUGGGAAAUCAUGCCUCGAGGCCACUAUUAAUGGUCAGAAUAGACCGCGAUUUGUACAUUUAUGAAGUGUUUAGGUUUCCGAGAGGCAACCUGAAAAUGCGUUUCAGGAAAAUCAAACAUUCCUUGAUUUAUUCGCCAAAUGUGGCCGGAAGAAUUGACACGGAAGAUUCCGAUUUUUUCGCAAUUCAAGAGCGGAUAAUUAAAAUGCGAUACUUUACUAACAUUGCAGGUUAUAAUGGCGUUUUUGUUUGCGGGGCCAACCCGCAUUGGAUUUUUAUGUCGGCUAGGGGCGAGCUAAGGACACACCCCAUGACAAUUGACGGCGAAGUUCUCAGUUUUGCGCCUUUUAAUAAUGUCAACUGUCCACAAGGUUUUCUUUAUUUCAAUAGAAAGUCUGAGUUGAGAAUAGGAGUUCUACCAACUCAUCUAAGCUAUGACGCGGCAUGGCCGGUACGCAAGGUCCCUCUCAGAUGUACCCCCCAUUUCGUAACAUAUCAUUUAGAAUCAAAAACUUAUUGCUUGGUCACAAGUAUUGCCGAACCGUCGAACAAAUAUUACAAAUUUAAUGGCGAAGAUAAAGAAUUAUCAGUUGAAGACAGAGGUGAUAGAUUUCCAUAUCCUCUGCAAGAAAAAUUCAGUCUAAUGCUUUUUUCGCCUGUGUCUUGGGAUGUUAUCCCCAAUACAAAGAUUGAUUUAGACGAGUGGGAGCACGUGAAUUGUUUGAAAAAUGUUUCUUUGGCUUAUGAAGGCACAAGGUCGGGUUUGAAAGGCUAUAUUGCUGUAGGUACCAACUACAACUAUGGAGAGGAUGUGACGUCACGUGGUCGGAUUUUAAUCUAUGACAUUAUUGAGGUAGUCCCAGAACCGGGACAACCUCUCACCAAAAACAGGUUUAAAGAAAUAUAUGCAAAGGACCAGAAAGGGCCAGUUACGGCCCUAAGUCAAGUCAAAGGAUUUCUAGUUUCAGCAGUGGGGCAAAAAAUUUAUAUUUGGCAGUUGAAAGACAAUGAUUUGGUCGGUGUUGCCUUCAUAGACACUCAAAUAUACACUCACCAGAUUUUAACAAUUAAAAGUUUGCUACUAGUGGCAGAUGUUUACAAGUCUAUAUCACUCUUGCGUUUUCAAGAGGAAUACCGAACGUUAUCACUUGUUUCAAGGGAUUUUCGGCCAUGUGAAGUAUUUUCAGUUGAAUACAUGAUUGAUAACACGACCAUGGGCUUUUUAGUCUCCGACAGUGAAAAAAAUUUAGUUUUGUACAUGUAUCAGCCCGAAUCUAGGGAGUCUCUAGGAGGACAAAGGCUAUUACGCAAAGCUGAUUUUCAUCUGGGACAAGCUGUCAACUCUUUCUUUAGGAUUAAAUGCAAACUUGGUGAAUUAGGAGAAGAUAAGAAAAAUUUAACAGGAGCUGAUAAGCGUCAUAUCACAAUGUAUGCAACAUUAGACGGGGGUCUUGGCUACAUAAUGCCAGUUCCUGAAAAAACUUAUCGCCGACUAUUGAUGUUGCAAAACGUUCUCGUCUCCCAAGGGGCACACAUUGCUGGAUUAAAUCCCAAAGCAUUUCGGACGUAUAAAAGUUGGAAGAAACUACAAACCAAUCCUGCCCGAUCUGUAAUUGACGGUGAACUAGUUUACAACUAUCUACACUUAUCAAUUCCAGAAAAAUUAGAAGUUUCAAAAAAGAUAGGAACUAAACCAGAAGAGCUACUUGAUGAUUUAUCAGACAUUCAAAAAAUUACAAAUCACUUUUAGUCGAUUAAGUUUUAAUUUUUUACCAAAAUAAAAGAUAUCACAUA